ACCCUGGGUGCUUUCUGGUUUGCAGUCCUCUUGGCAGACAUGAGGCAACGAUUGCUCCUGUCCGUCGCCAGCCUUCUCCUUGUGGCCCUGCUGCUUCCAGGAUCGUCUCAAGCCAGACAUGUGAACCACUCAGCCACUGAUGCUCUCGGAGAACUCAGGGAAAGAGCCCCUGGGCAAGGCACAAACAGGUUUCAGCUGCUACGCCACCCAGUGAAACGGGACCUCUUACCACCGCGCACCCCACCUUACCAAGGUGAUGUUCCACCAGGAAUUAGAAAUACCAUCUGCUAUAUGCAGCAAGGGACCUGCAGACUUUUUUUCUGCCAUUCUGGGACAGGCCAGCAGCACAGACAACGCUGUGGAUAAGGAGAGUAGAGCCUUCCUCUUCCUGCCUCCUGUCUUCUGGAGUUGUGACCGCAGGGUGGCCCAGGCAGAUCGGCCUCAGAGGCCAGAAGGCAGCUCUCUGCAGCAGAAGAUCAGGAGCCUCACCCACAGUCUGUGGCUCUGACUAAGCCUGGGCUGCCUCUGGGCUGUGCUCCGUGGACUGGCUCCCCCGGGAUCCAUGUGAGAGACUGGAGUAUGAUCCUCAGUGCGAGGACAAAUAAAAGUAGUGAUUGUGUCCACCCCA